AUGGUGAACUUCACCAAAGUGUCACCCCAACCUGUGGACACGUCCCCUCAUCACAGCUCUGUUGUGGUCACUCUUGAGGAUCGGGACCUCUGGAACAAGUUUCACAAAGUGGGAACUGAGAUGAUUAUCACAAAGUCUGGACGACGAAUGUUUCCACAAUGCAAGAUCAGAGUCUCUGGCUUGAUCCCUUAUGCCAAAUAUCUGAUGCUUGUAGAUUUUGUGCCAGUAGACAACUUCAGGUACAAGUGGAACAAGGACCAGUGGGAAGUGGCCGGCAAAGCAGAGCCUCAGCUCCCCCGCCGGACGUACGUGCACCCCGACUCGCCUGCCCUGGGCAGUCACUGGAUGAAGGAGCCCAUCUCCUUUCAGAAGCUCAAGCUGACCAACAACACCUUGGACCAGCAGGGCCACACAGUCCUUCACUCGAUGCACCGCUACAAGCCUCGCUUCCAUGUCAUGCAGGCCGACGACCCCUUCAGCGCCCGCUGGAGCCCCUUCCAGACAUUCAGCUUCCCAGAGACAGUCUUCACCUCUGUCACUGCAUACCAAAAUGAGAAGAUUACAAAACUCAAGAUCUACAACAAUCCAUUUGCAAAAGGCUUCAGAGAACAUGGGAGGAACACACGCAGGGAGGGUCGAGGCCAGAAGAACAGUCCUGCCAAAGGUCAGAAGAGAACACUGAUGGAAGAACCCAAACCUGAUGUGGACGAACUGGACUUGGAGAGGAGUGAAAACAUGGCUGUGAAGGAAGAGAGCCACAUCAUGCCAGUCAGUAGCAGCUGCCCCUUCUGGGUCUCAGAGCAAAACAGCACCCACACCAUCCCCACACAAUCUCCAGCUCCAGGGGAGCACGCAGAACCACCUGCCCAAGAACAGCACAUGCCAACACCACCGUCCUCCUCCCAGGCAUACAGGUCCCAUGAGAUGGGUCAUAGUCCACUGCCAGCCUCUCUCCAGGACAUCACUCCUCUAAACGAAUUUCGGGCCAGACCUCAUACACUGGACGUAGCCGUGGUUCCUGAGCAAGAUGCCAAACAGCUUUCAGAAGGUUUCACCAAUCUGACACCGCUUUCCAUCCCUUUUCCACCUCCGCAAGAUUAUUCUGGGAUGGUUGGUACAGCAGAUCCUGCUGGGAAACCAGGACUCCGAAGGCCUGUGUACAGCCCCUAUGCCCCUGAUCAAAAUCUCAACCAGUGGAUGGUUCCUCCACCUGCUCAAUAUAGGGCUGUAACCUAUUCUGCAUUUUCCACAGACUACAGUACCCAGGCAGCCUCAGGAGCCGCCCAUGGCAGCAUGGCAGACUGGGGCCAAUACUCUUUGUUCCCCUAUGCCUGCUGGUGAAGGG